ACGACAGAGGAGGACAUCGGAUCGGCGGAGACAACUCGGCAGAAGGCACAACCCGCGCCCCUCCACUAGAAAUGCUGCUGGGCCGGGUGUGUCCCGGCACUGGCGAUCGGCGCCCGGAGCCGCUCGCCGCGCCCCCCGCGCCUCUCGGCCUGAGCCCCGGCCACCACUCGGCGUUCGUGAAGCACGAGCCCGUGGAGCGGGCGUCACCCCCUCGACGCUCCCCGCUGACCCCGCCGUCGUGCGGCGGAGGAGGAGGCGGCGUGCGAGCCCAACCCGGCGGCCUCCUCCACCUGGACCACCGACUCGGGACACCGGCCAACGGAGGCCACCAACAUCACCGCAGCGGCGGCGGCUCUCACCACACGGAGCCGCACGGCGCCUCGCACGACCGCCACGGGCCGCCGCUGCCGCAGCCGCCACCACCGCCGCCAGCGCGGCCGCGUCCCAUGGACAGGGGCAGCCCCGGCUCUGGGGGCGAGGAGGAGGAGGUGGAGAGGCUGCGGGGGUCAGGGCACCACGGACACGUGCACCACGGAGGUGGCAACGCCAACCACGGGGCGGGCUUCCCGCGAGGGCCGCUGGGCCCAGGCCUCGGAGUCGGCGUUGGCGGCCGCUCAGCCUGUGAGACGUUCGCGCUGCACGGGCCGCCCGUGCCCAAGAAGCUGUGCCUGGUGUGCGGCGACGUGGCCUCUGGCUACCACUACGGCGUGGCCUCGUGCGAGGCGUGCAAGGCCUUCUUCAAGCGAACCAUCCAGGGUAACAUCGAGUACAGCUGCCCUGCGGCGAGCGAGUGCGAGAUCACCAAGCGCAGACGCAAGUCGUGCCAGGCGUGCCGCUUCACAAAGUGCCUGCGAGUGGGCAUGCUCAAGGAAGGUGUGCGUCUUGACAGGGUGCGUGGGGGACGACAGAAAUACAAGCGUCGGAUUGACGCGGAGAGCGGCGCCCUCCUGCAGCCGCCCGCCGCCUUGCAGCCCGCAAAGCGGCCCGUCAACAAGAUGGUCUCCCAGCUGCUCGUCGUGGAACCCGACCGCCUGUUCGCCAUGGCGGGGCCCGGGGCGGCCGAGUGUGACGUCACAGCGCUCACCACGCUGUGCGACCUCGCCGACCGCGAGCUCGUGCUCAUCAUCGGCUGGGCCAAGCACGUGCCGGGUUUCUCCAUCCUGUCGCUCGGCGACCAGAUGUCGCUGCUGCAGAGCGCGUGGAUGGAGGUGCUUGUGCUGGGAGUGGUGUUCCGCUCGCUGCCGUGCCACGGCGCGCUCGUCUUCGCCGACGACCUGGUGCUGGGCGAGGGGCUGGCGCGCCGCGCCGGACUGCAGGAGCUGGCGCAGGCCAUGCUCCAUCUGGUGGGCAAGUACCAGGCGCUGCGCCUCGAGAGGGAGGAGUACGUGCUGCUCAAGGCGAUAGCGCUCGCCAACUCCGACUCGACACACAUCGAGGACGGCGACGGGGUGCAGCGGCUGCGAGACGCGCUGCACGAGGCCCUGUGGGAGCACGCGGGCAGCGCGCGGCGCGAUGACCCGCGGCGCGCCGGCAAGCUGCUCAUGACGCUGCCGCUGCUGCGCCAGACGGCGGCGCGCGCCGUGCAGCACUUCCACGCGCUCAAGCUGGAGGGCCGCGUGCCCAUGCACAAGCUCUUCCUCGAGAUGCUCGAGGCCAAGAUUUGACGAGUUGGUCGUGCGAACGAGGCACGGCGACGAGGGCGAUGAUGAUGAUGAAGACAAUUGCCGCGGCGACGGUGUCGGUGAUGACAGCGACGAGGGUGAUGAUGAAUUCCCAGUGCCGUAUAGACACUGUUUUGUUGAACAAUUAUGAUGAUGAUGAUAGCGGACAUGAUGACGGUGAGGGUGACGGUGCUGAUUUUGGUGAUCAAGCACGAUGAUGAAAGAGACAGUGUGGUAGCUGACCGCAAUGGAGGGACCACGAUAAUGACGAUGAUCGUGAUGAUCAUAAAGCACCACAGUUGAAUGGUCAAUGUUGUAGUUGAGUCUUGGCCGCAAUAGAAGGAAAAUGAUGAUGAUGAUGGUGAUGAUGACGGUUGCUGCUACUAAAAGUUGAAAAUUCAUCACAAACACCAUGUUCAUAGUAUUUAAGUUGAGACUCAAGCCUAACGGAGGGUUGAUGAUGAUGGGUGCUGCUCUGGUCAAACAUUUAUCAGAAGUGUUCCAAUCAUCUGAACUGUGCUUCAGUUGAGUCUUGAUCCCAAUAGUGAGAUGAUGAUGGUGGCCUGCGCUGCUGCUGUGUUUUUAUUUCCAAGAUAUUAGAAGGCCAGCGGUCUGAGUAUAACUGAUGUUAGCAUUGAGAUUGCAUUGGGUGGAGCGACGCUGAAGAUUUGUGCAAGUCUUCAAAUUACUAAUUGUACACUAUGAUGGUUGCUGCUGUGUUUAAACAUUCUCAGAAGCACCACGUUUGUCUGGACAGUCUUCGAAGCGCCGGUCAUGUCAACAGUAUUUUUUAGUUGUGGCUUUUGGGAGUGGAACACCACCCAAUACUAUGAUGUCUGUAGCUUAACGCUGAUUAUGAGACAUCCUCGGCAGCCGGAACCAAGACCGAAGCUAAUUAUAAACCCUUGGAAGCUGCUUGCAGAUCUCUACAAGGGAUUCACGCACACAGUUCAAAAGUGGCCGGUCGCGCGAAAAUUAGAAUGCAAUGUUACAGGUCAAAAAUAUUCCCCUCCAGUACCCGAUUGGCGCGGCGAAAAUUAUUGCGGUGAUGGAUAAAUGUAAUUUGCAGGCUUCUAUCGAAGUGGUAAGCCUCAUGGCCUGCAGGCCGCAUGAAAUGAAGUCACGGGCCGUAUCUGGCCCUUGGGCCAUGCGUUCCCUACCCCUAAUGUAAAUGUGGCGACUGCUAGACUGAAGCUCCUCGCCUCUCGGCCCAAUCACCCAGUAAUUCACAACAGCUGCACAUCAAGGGUGCCACGGUGGCGAGACGUUAACUCCCUCGCCUGGUAUACAGGAGGUCGUAGUUUCGAUCCCGACCCUGAUGCCUGCUGAAUAUUGGAAGUUUGUGUGUCUUUCUUCCCGUGGUCACGUGUAUUUUUCUCCGGUUUCUCCCUCCACAUCUAUAAUCAACAAGACGCGUUUAGAGCAUUUGGCUGCUUUAAAUGUCCGCAUGAUGAGCCACUUCGUUGAGCUGUCAUUUGUGGCCAGGUCGCUUCUUAAAAAGAGCUAUGUAGCUCAGUGGGCCUUACCUGCAAACAUGUAUUCAUGGUUUAGUUUGUAAAAUGCAGUAUUAGCGUGGAAGGUAUUUACCCCCAGUGGCUGAAAUUGGAGGUCCCAGAACCAGACACCGCAUGAACACACGAACACCGAGUGUUAACGAUCACAAGUCGUAUUUGUGUCGUGCGAUUGUAUGUAUUUAUGAAAGUUGUAGUUAGUGUGUCUUUCCAUGAUUUAAUAUUAGUGUGUCUUUCCAUGAUUUAAUAUUUACAAAUAAGUUGUAUUUAUGUAUUUAAAAGUUUACAAAUGUUUUA